CCCAAACCAGCUGUGGUAGAGGCUGAAUUGAAGGUAGAACCAGUCAGUGAAGAGAAAGUUGAGAUUGAAAUGAAGAUGAAGCCAGCCAAAGCUGAAUUUGAGGUUUCCAUUGACCAACAACAAAUGGAAGAGGUGUCAUUUGAGUUCAAAAAAGACGUAAAAGAGCCACAGGUUACAUCUGCUGAAGUUGAAUUUGAUAGGCCAUCAGAGGAAGUAAGCUUUGAACUGGAGCUGACACCAGAAGAGAAACCCAAACCAACUUUAGUAGAGGCUGAUUUGAUUGAAGCACCAGUUGGAGACGAAGAGGAAGUUAUUGACAUUGAUUUAGAAGACAAAGAUGUUGAAAAAGCUGCUGUUCAGAUUCAAGCUGCAUUCAGAGGUUUCCAAGCCAGAAAAGAAGCCAUUGAGAUUGAAAAGGCUCUUGAACCACCAGUGUUUGUCAGAAAAAUUGAAGAACAAGAAGUUGAAGAACGACGACGUGUUAUAUUCAAAUGUGAAGUGACAGGAUCUCCAAGACCAGAAGUGACAUGGUAUUUGGAUGGUGUCCAAAUCGAUGAAGAUGACCAUUAUGUGGUAGAAUACAGUGAGAGUGGCAUCUGUACUUUGAAAAUUGUAGAAGUCAGUAUGGACGAUGAAGGAGAAUUUGAAGUGAAGGCUGUGAAUAAAGUAGGAUCUGAAACCUGCAGAGCUGAACUGUUUGUACUGCCUGCUAAAUGCCCACCAACAUUCGUCAUUAAACCUGAAGACAAAGAAGCUGUCAAAGCUUAUCCUGCUGAAAUUCGCUGCAAAGUCCAUGGCAUCCCAACUCCAACUGUGAGCUGGUUCAAAGGAUGGAAACACUGUCAAGAAGGCAAUGAAUACACUGUGACCUUUGAUAAAGACACCAAUGAACACAUCUUUAUUAUCAAAGAGAGCAAACCUAAAGAUGGUGGUAAAUAUGUGUGUAAAGCUACAAAUGAUUUGGGAGAAGAGAAAGCUAGUUUUACAGUGACACUAAUUGAGAAACCACCUACACCUGAACCUGUACAAGAGCCGGAACCUGUAGAAGAAGUUUUGGAACUAGUUGAAGAAGUGAUGAAAGUUGAAAUUGCCAGACCUGUUGAAGAAGAACCUGUAAUCCAGGAAGAGAUUACACUUGAAGAUGAAGUACCUGUGGAAGAACCAGUCAGUGAAGAGAAAGUAGAUUUUGAAGUGGAGAUGAAGCCAGCCAGAGCAGAAUUUGAGGUUUCCAUUGACCAACAGCAAAUGGAAGAGGUGUCAUUUGAGAUCAAGAAAGACAUAGAAGAGCCACAGGUUACAUCAGCUGAAGUCGAAUUUGUAAGACCAUCUGAGGAAGUAAGCUUUGAAUUGGAGCUGACACCAGAUGAAAAACCCAAACCAGUUGUGGUAGAGGCUGAAUUGAAGGUGGAACCAGUCAGUGAAGAGAAAGUUGAGAUUGAAAUGAAGAUGAAGCCAGCCAAAGCUGAAUUUGAGGUAUCCAUUGAUCAACAGUCACUGGAAGAGGUGUCAUUUGAAAUCAAGAAAGAUGUAAAAGAGCCACAGGUUACAUCUGCUGAAGUAGAAUUUGAAAGACCAUCAGAAGCAGUAAGCUUUGAACUGGAGCUGACACCAGAAGAGAAACCCAAACCAACUUUAGCAGAGGCUGAUUUGAUUGAAGCACCAGUUGGAGAUGAAGAGGAAGUUAUUGACAUUGAUUUAGAAGAUAAAGAUGUUGAAAAAGCUGCUGUUCAGAUUCAAGCUGCAUUCAGAGGUUUCCAAGCCAGAAAAGAAGCCAUUGAGAUUGAAAAAGCUCUUGAACCACCAGUGUUCGUCAGAAAAAUUGAAGAACAAGAAGUUGAAGAACGACAACGUGUUGUAUUCGAAUGUGAAGUGACAGGAUCUCCAAGACCAGAAGUGACAUGGUAUUUGGAUGGUGUCCAAAUCGAUGAAGAUGACCAUUAUGUGGUGGAAUACAGUGAGAGUGGCAUCUGUACUUUGAAAAUUGUAGAAGUCAGUAUGGACGAUGAAGGAGAAUUUGAAGUGAAGGCUGUGAAUAAAGUAGGAUCUGAUGUGUGCAGAGCUGAACUAUUUGUACUACCUGCAAAAUGUCCACCAAAAUUUGUCAUUAAACCUGAAGACAAAGAAGCUGUGAAAGCUUAUCCUGCUGAAAUUCGCUGCAAAGUUCAUGGCAUCCCAACUCCAACUGUGAGCUGGUUCAAAGGAUGGAAACACUGUCAAGAAGGCAAUGAAUACACUGUGACUUUUGAUAAAGACACCAAUGAACACAUCUUUAUUAUCAAAGAAAGCAAACCUAAAGAUGCCGGUAAAUAUGUGUGUAAAGCCACAAAUGACUUGGGAGAAGAAAAAUCCAGUUUUACAGUUACACUAAUUGAGAAACCACCGACACCUGAACCUGUACCAGAGCCAGAACCAGUAGAAGAAGUUUGUGAAAUAGAUGAAGAAAUUAUGCCAGUUGAAAUUACCAAACCUGUUGAAGAAGAACCUGUAAUUCAGGAAGAGGUUAGACUUGAGGUUGAAGUACCUGUAGAAGAACCAGUCAGUGAAGAGAAAGUAGAGGUUGAAGUGGAGAUGAAGCCAGCCAGAGCUGAAUUUGAGGUUUCCAUUGAGCAACAGCAAAUGGAAGAGGUGUCAUUUGAGAUCAAGAAAGACAUAGAAGAGCCACAGGUUACGUCUGCUGAAGUCGAAUUUGUAAGACCCUCCGAGGAAGUAAGCUUUCAACUGGAGCUGACACCAGAAGAAAAGCCAAAACCAUAUGUGGUAGAUGCUGAAUUGAAGGUAGAGCCAGUCAGUGAAGAAAAAGUUGAGGUUGAAAUGCAGGUGAAGCCAGCAAGAGCUGAAUUUGAUGUAUCCAUUGACCAACACCAAAUGGAAGAGGUUUCAUUUGAGAUCAAGAAAGACGUGGGAGAACCACAAGUUACCUCUGCUGAAGUUGCAUUUGAUAGGCCAUCAGAGGAAGUAAGCUUUGAACUGGAGCUGACACCAGAAGAGAAACCCAAACCAACUUUAGUAGAGGCUGAUUUGAUUGAAGCACCAGUUGGAGAUGAAGAAGAAGUUAUUGACAUUGAUUUAGAAGACAAAGAUGUUGAAAAAGCUGCUGUUCAGAUUCAAGCUGCAUUCAGAGGUUUCCAAGCUAGAAAAGAAGCCAUCGAGAUUGAAAAGGCACUUGAACCACCAGUGUUUGUCAGAAAGAUUGAUGAACAAGAAGUUGAAGAGCGCCAACGUGUUGUAUUCAAAUGUGAAGUGACAGGAUCUCCAAGACCAGAAGUGACAUGGUAUUUGGAUGGUGUCCAAAUAGAUGAAGAUGACCAUUAUGUGGUAGAAUACAGUGAGAGUGGCAUCUGUACUUUGAAAAUUGUAGAAGUCAGUAUGGACGAUGAAGGAGAAUUUGAAGUGAAGGCUGUGAAUAAAGUAGGAUCUGAAACCUGCAGAGCUGAACUGUUUGUACUACCUGCUAAAUGUCCACCAACAUUUGUCAUUAAACCUGAAGACAAAGAAGCUGUCAAAGCUUAUCCUGCUGAAAUUCGCUGCAAAGUCCAUGGCAUCCCAACUCCAACUGUGAGCUGGUUCAAAGGAUGGAAACACUGUCAAGAAGGCAAUGAAUACACUGUGACUUUUGAUAAAGACACCAAUGAACACAUCUUUAUUAUUAAAGAGAGCAAACCUAAAGAUGGUGGUAAAUAUGUGUGCAAAGCUACAAAUGACUUGGGAGAAGAAAGAGCUAGUUUUACAGUUACACUAAUUGAAAAGCCAACAACACCUGAACCUGUACAAGGGCCAGAACCUGUGGAAGAAAUUAUGCCAGUUGAAAUUACCAAACCUGUUGAAGAAGAACCUGUAAUUCAGGAAGAGGUUAGACUUGAGGUUGAAGUACCUGUAGAAGAACCAGUACGUGAAGAGAAAGUAGAGGUUGAAGUGGAGAUGAAGCCAGCAAAAGCUGAAUUUGAGCUUUCCAUUGAGCAACAGCAAAUGGAAGAAGUGUCAUUUGAGAUCAAGAAAAGUGUAGAAGAACCACAGGUAACAUCAGCUGAAGUAGACUUUGAAAGACCAUCUGAGGAAGUAAGCUUUCAACUGGAACUGACACCAGAAGAAAAGCCCAAACCAGCUGUGGUAGAUGCUGAAUUGAAGGUAGAACCAGUCAGUGAAGAGAAAGUUGAGAUCGAAAUGAAGAUGAAGCCAGCCAGAGCUGAAUUUGAUGUCUCCAUUGAUCAACAGCAAAUGGAGGAGGUGUCAUUUGAGAUCAAGAAAGAUGAAGUAAGCUUUAAACUGGAGCUGACACCAGAAGAGAAACCCAAACCAACUUUAGUAGAGGCUGAUUUGAUUGAAGCACCAGUUGGAGAUGAAGAGGAAGUUAUUGACAUUGAUUUAGAAGACAAAGAUGUUGAAAAAGCUGCUGUUCAGAUUCAAGCUGCAUUCAGAGGUUUCCAAGCCAGAAAAGAAGCCAUUGAGAUUGAAAAAGCUCUUGAACCACCAGUGUUUGUCAGAAAAAUUGAAGAACAAGAAGUUGAAGAACGACAACGUGUUGUAUUCGAAUGUGAAGUGACAGGAUCUCCAAGACCAGAAGUGACAUGGUAUUUGGAUGGUGUCCAAAUCGAUGAAAAUGACCAUUAUGUGGUAGAAUACAGUGAGAGUGGCAUCUGUACUUUGAAAAUUGUGGAAGUCAGUAUGGAUGAUGAAGGAGAAUUUGAAGUGAAGGCUGUGAAUAAAGUAGGAUCUGAAACCUGCAGAGCUGAACUGUUUGUUCUGCCUGCUAAAUGCCCACCAACAUUCGUCAUUAAACCUGAAGACAAAGAAGCUGUCAAAACUUAUCCUGCUGAGAUUCGCUGCAAAGUCCAUGGCAUCCCAACUCCAACUGUGAGCUGGUUCAAAGGAUGGAAACACUGUCAAGAAGGCAAUGAAUACACUGUGACUUUUGAUAAAGACACCAAUGAACACAUCUUUAUUAUUAAAGAGAGCAAACCUAAAGAUGGUGGUAAAUAUGUGUGUAAAGCUACAAAUGACUUGGGUGAAGAAAAAGCUAGUUUUACAGUUACACUAAUUGAAAAGCCAACAACACCUGAACCAGUCCCAGAACCUGAGCCUAUAGUGGAAGAGGUCGUUGAGUUUGUUGAAGAAGAAGCCCCAAUUGAAGCAGCAGUUCCAGUUAUGGAAGAAGUUAUGAAGGAAGAAGUAACUGUAGAAACUGAGAUUGCAGUUGAAGAUGAGACACCAGUUGCAGAAGCUCUUCCUGCGUUAGACGAAGUUGUUAAGGAAGAAGUGACUGUGAAAACUGAGAUGGCAGUCGAAGCACCUGUUGAUGAACAACUUGAGGUUACAUUGAAAGUUCAGCCUGUGAAAGUUGAGGUUGAUGUUCCUGAGGAAGAGGUUGAGUUUACUCUCAAGAAAGAAAUUGAGGAAGAAAAGCCAGAAGAUAAAUUUGACACUGUUGAUUUUGCAGUAGAAAUACCAGCGGAGGAAAUGAAACCUGAGGUUGAGGAAGAGGUGAAACCAGUUGUGGAAGAAAAGGUUGAAGAAGUUCUUGACUUGACCCCUCCUGUUUUCGUGAAGGAGUUGGUCCCUAUCACAGUGGAAGAAGGCUGUCAGCUGCAUCUGGAUGUUGAGGUUAAAGGAGAACCGCUGCCAACUAUGACCUGGUAUCAAGAUGAUGUGGAGGUUGCUGCAGAUGAUCACCUUAGAAUUGGCUGCCCCAAAGAAAUGGAGUCUACUUUGGACAUUGAACACACUACUGCUGAGGAUGAAGCUGAGUACAUGUGUAAAGCUGUUAAUCCUGCAGGUGAAGCAGUCACAAGAGCUGAGGUCAUUAUUGAACCUGCUAAAGAAGCCCCUGUGUUCACCAAGGAACUACAAACCAUAACUGUUACUGAAGGAAAGAUGGUACACUUUGAAUGCCAAGUUAUUGGAAGACCUCAUCCAGAAGUGAAAUGGUAUCUUGAAGGUGUUGAGAUUGAAGAGAGAGAAAAUGUUAGGAUUGAGUACAGUGAUAGUGGUGUAUGUGUCUUGGUUAUCAAGAUUGCCAGUGUUGGAGAUGCAAACAUGUACACCUGUAAAGCUACUAAUGUUGUCGGGGAAGCCAUUACUAAAGCUCAACUUAUUGUGGAAGUUGCUUUGAGGCCACCAAUGUUCAUUGUGAAACCAAAUGAUAUUUCAGCUCCUGAAGGUGUUCCUGCGGAAAUGAGAUGUCGAGUGACUGGAAAUCCAGACCCCACCAUUGGAUGGUUUAAAGGAUGGAAACACUGCCAACAAGGAGCCGAGUAUAAUGUCAGUUAUGACGAUGAAAAAGAUGAACACAGUUUUAUUGUCAAUGAAUUGAAACAAAAGGACUGUGGUCAAAUACACGUGCAAAGCAACUAACGAUCUAGGUGAGGACAAAGCUGUGUGCACUAUCACAAUUCUACAAGAACCACCUGUGUUUGUGCAGGAACUUGAACCAGCCAAUGCCUUUGAAGGAACUAGUGUCACUAUGAAGUGUAAAGUCACUGGUUUACCAAGACCAGAUGUGCAGUGGUUCAAGAAAAAAGCUAAAGUCAAGAUAACUGCCCGCACAGUGAUUGAGUACACCGAUGAUGGAGUUUGUAUGCUAACUUUGCAUAAUCUUGGUUUGGAUGAUAUUACUACCUACACCUGUAAAGCAACCAACAAAGUGGGAGAAGCAUCAACAUCUGCUGAACUCAUCUUACAAGUGGCAGCAAAGAUUACAGAAGGGCCUGCUAACAUGUCAGU